AUGCGCACUGUAACGGACGGUAACUGCGUUUUCGUGCGCACCCCACUAGCCAGCUGUGAGGUUGCAGAGAAAAGGCUGAGAUCAUGCACCUGGCCUUUGCCACGACCCGAGUCCAGUGCAGGGAAACCCGAGUCCACGGAUGCGGAUGUCAACCCAGAGGAAGAAGAUGAUGAAGAGGAAUCUACCAGCUCGGUGGCCAUUAAUGCCAGCGGUACGCUGAGCAACACCAGCAUCACAGGAGAAGAUCAGAACAGCCCCAACGGUGUAGCUGAAGGAAUAAACACAAUCUCAGCUGGCCAGGAGAACGCUGGUUCCCUGCUCUCUUCCCAGUCCCCAGCCACAACUGGCAGCAGAAUGAGCAGUAAUGGCCUGGGGUCCCAGCAGCUGAGGAAGUCCUCCUCAUGCAGGACUGCUUGGGGAAACCUCUCGUAUGCAGACCUUAUAACAAAAGCCAUAGAGAGUAUGCCUGAUAAAAGACUGACGUUGUCCCAAAUCUUUGACUGGAUGGUUGGAUGUGUACCGUACUUCAAAGAUAAAGAGGACAGCAACAGCUCAGCAGCUCGACUUGAAUCACGCAUCAAAACAAAAACAAGAAACAUAUGCGGGUGUUGGAGCGUGAGCGUGUGCGAUAGGAAAGAUGGUGAACUAUGCCUGGGCAGGACGAAGCCAGAGGAAACUCUGGUGGAGGAAACUUUGGUGGAGGUCCGUAGUGGUCCUGACGUGCAAAUCGGUCGUCUGACCUGGAACUGGCGCUGCGGGAUGAACCGCCAACUUAAGGCAUCGGAAAAGGUGUUCGUCGAUACGGACAGCAGGACGGUGGCCAUGGGAUCGGCAGCAGCGGCGACUCUGGACGUGCGCCAGGCCCUUCUCGGGGAUCUCCCCAGCUGCGGCACACGCCAGCAUUAG